UUGAUCCGCUGGUCGGCGUCAUAGAGGGGCAGAGGGGCGGCGCCAUAACAAACCAAGAUGGGAGAGGGUGAACGGUGAGGCAGGCAGCGGUUGCUCAAAAGGCAAAUCUAUGUGGCUAUGGCUAACUUUUAUCUUUAUUUUGGGAGAAAGUAUAUUUCAGAAGGUGCCGAGGAAGAUAACAAUCUGGACUGCUGUACAGAAAAUUACAACCUGUACUUGCCACUAUACAGAGCUUCACUAAGUGGGAAUUGGAAGGAAGCAAAACCGUUCUUUAGUGGAGAGAAUAAAGCAAGCAGAGUUGUGCUCAACUCCUUCUUACAGACAUCACUCCAUGUCGCGGUUGGCUCAAAGAAUGAUAACGCCAAGCAUUUCGUCGAGACGUUGGUGGAAUCGAUGCCCGACAACCCCUUGGACAUGAAAGACCAUUAUGGGGAUACUCCUCUUCACUAUGCUGCUAGAUUUGGCAACUUAGAUGCAGCUAAAAUCCUUGUUGCCCGAAAUAUGCAUUUGCCUAAUAUUGUUUCCAAUGGUCUCUAUCCAAUCCACGAAGCAGCUGAUUAUGCCUAUAUUUCUGCGGAUGUGUAUAUUUAUCUCUUGGGUGUCACCACGGUUCGUGAUCCUUUUAAUGGCUCCAGUGGCAUUAGGCUUCUCCGUAGAUUACUCCACUCGAACAAGUGCGGUUUAGCUACAGAGUUGGUCGAACAGUAUCCUGAUUUGGCCAAACAUGACCCACAUCAAGGUUCUGCUUUGGCGGAGCUAGCUACAAAGGAAUUUUCACUCCUUCGUGGACAUAGUUUAAGCAUUUGGCAACGAUUACUCUUCUAUUGUGUUCCUAUCAGGUCGACUUCCAGGGGUCAAAAGAGAAUACCGAUUGACAUCGAGAACGUAACCGAUGAGCCACAAAUGUUUAAGCCAAAAAAUUGCUGGCUUUCACCAAUUUGUGAACGGAUUUACUUCAGUGCUUUGAUCAAGAAGUUGGGCGGCCUUUCAUUUGAUGUUCUUGAAAGAUUAGUGCCUUCUUUGAAACUCAUCCGAGACAAAAAGUCAGAAUAUUACAAUGCGGUUACGCUUGUCGAAUGCUUAUGCAAGAAAAUAGAAAGUUUGAGUUGCGAAGAAGUUGCAACAAUUGCUAGUGGUCCUCUCCUUGAAGCAGCAAAAUAUGACAACUAUGAGCUUGUUGAAGCUAUCGUGAGAAAAUUUCCUUCACUAGUUUACUAUAACGACGGGAAUGAAAAGAAUAUAUUUCACAUUGCGAUAGAGAAUCGAUGUGAAAAUGUGUUUAACUUGGUCUAUCAGAUGAGUCAGCAUAGACACUCGUUGAUGAUUUUAGCCGAUUCGUCUCGCAAUACUAUGCUGCAUUUUGCUGGACAACUAGCGCCACCGAAUAAACUAAACCUCGUUCCUGGCCCAGCUCUUCAGAUGCAACGAGAAUUACAGUGGUUUAAGGAGGUAAAGAAUCUUGUACCGCCUUUUCACCGAGAAUUCUGCAACAAUGAUAACAACACUCCGAGUGAAGUAUUUACUAAGGAACAUGCUGAGUUGAAGAUAAAAGGAGAGGAAUGGAUGAAAGGUACAUCAAAUUCAUGUACAAUUGCAGCAGCACUAAUUGCUACCAUUGCAUUUGCUGCAGCAAUUACAGUUCCGGGUGGCAACGAUGGCGAAAGUGGACUCCCCAUUUUUGCAAGAAACAAUGCUUUCAUCGUUUUCGCCAUCUCGAAUGCAGCAUCACUAUUCACUUCUAGUACCUCUCUGUUGGUGUUUUUGUCCGUUUUGACUUCCCGUUAUGCAGAAGAAGAUUUCCUAUAUGCUUUGCCUAGAAGUUUGAUUCUUGGGUUGCUCGCUCUAUUUCUCUCCAUAACACUCAUGACGGUUAGCUUCAGUGCCACAGUGUAUAUUGUGUUCGGGCAGAAGAAAACAUAUGUGCUUGUACCUGUAGUUGUAAUGGCUUGUUUACCUAUCAUCUCCUUCGUGCUUUUGCAGUUUCCACUCAUUGUUGCUUUGAUUUCUUCGAAUUUGCGUGGAAUCUUUGGCAAGAAGAGUAACCGCCCAUUUUAUUGAAGAAAUUAUUUAAAGUUGUGGUGAUUCGCGUGAAUCGAACCUAAGUUGCAAAAAUCCAUGUCUGAGAUUCUUAAAUUAUCAAAUUCAGAUAUAGAAAUUGCAUUGUAUUGAGUAGUGCUUUAAAUAGCGUUUGCUUAGGCUGCAUUUGUUUUUUGUAAAAUUAAAAUGUCUGAAUCUUAAUGCACAUCUGAAUAUUAAGAUGUUGUCUGUAGAUCUGAACUGACUGAACACUGAAUGAUUAAGACCGUUUGUUUUU